GCAACUCGCGUUAUAUUCGAAAUCCCGCCAAGGCAUGAGGUGUCAUCCGCGCACGAGACGAAAUCAAGCACUUUGUGAACCAAUUGCAUUACUAAUUCGUUUCGUUCUAUUUUCGAUUAAGCAAAUGAGAAUUCAGAAUCCGGUGGCAACAAUGACGGCGAUGGAUUUCGAUUAGCAAUUUCUUUGUACUACUUUUUGACUCCUCUGGGUUUAUUAGGGUUUUGAUUUUUCGAGCCCAGAAGACGAAGCAGAUGAAUUUGGGGGAUUUGCAUAAAGUAUGGGAAGUCAAAGCCUUAAAGAAACCAGGAGAAGAAGAAGCGAAGAAGGUGCUCGAGAAAAUAGCCAAACAAGUUCAACCCAUUAUGCGUAAUCACAAAUGGCGUGUCAAGCUCCUCUCCGAAUUUUGUCCAAACAAUCCAUCUCUUUUGGGGUUGAACGUAGGAGGUGGAGUGCAUGUGAAACUGAGGCUUCGCAGACCAAACAGAGAUUGGGAUUUCAUUCCAUUCGAUCAAGUUCUUGAUACGAUGCUUCAUGAACUAUGCCAUAAUGCUCACGGUCCUCACAACGCCAAUUUCUACAAGCUUUGGGAUGAGUUGAGAAAGGAAUGUGAGGAGCUGCUUUCCAAGGGAAUAAGUGGGACAGGGGAGGGGUUUGAUCUGCCAGGUAGGCGUUUGGGUGGGUUUUCCCGCCAACCUCCCCUUUCAUCUCUUCCCAAAACUGCCUUACAAGCUGCAGAAAAGAGGGCAAAAUUGGGAUCUAUGUUACCAUCCGGACCUAAACGGCUUGGUGGUGAUAGCACCAUUAUGGUUGCACUUAGUCCUAUACAAGCUGCUGCAAUGGCUGCAGAAAGGAGAUUGCAGGAUGAGAUUUGGUGUGGUUCUCAGUCUGCUGAGGUUUUUGAGGAAGGAGAAAGUAGCAGUGAUAUCAUAAAAGACCUCUCGAGCAUGGGGCAAAUUACAGGAAGCUCAAGGCCAGAUAUUGGUAAAAAAAGAAGCCGUGAACAAAAUAACAGCACAACUUUUCUAUCUUUUAAUGGUCAUUCAGGGUCCAAUAUUAUAGACUUGUCUACAGAAGUUCCAACCUCUGGUUCAAUUCUUGACUAUGGCACCAGCACUAAAAAGAGAAUUUCUAACUCUUAUAAGAAUUCAUCUUCUGAUUCUAAUUUUGUGGAUUCAACUAGUGGUUCAUCUUUAGGUUGGAAACCUAAUCACAGUACAGUACAUAAUUCAGAGGAGCGUGAUAUGUGGGAAUGUGGAGCAUGUACAUUAUUGAAUCCAUCAUUAGCCCCAAUCUGCAAGCUUUGUAGCACAGAAAAGCCAAAAGAUGCAAGCACCAAGCAUACAACGUGGUCCUGCAAAUUCUGCACCUUGCAUAACAGUGUGAAGUUGGACAAGUGCUCAGCUUGCAAUCAAUGGAGAUAUUCAUAUGGUCCACCAGUAUCAACUCGCACACCAAAUCUUGGCACGUAAGAGGUGCAAUCAAGAAGGUCCGCAAACUGUAGCCGUCCAAAACAGUUGAAUGUUCCUGUUGAAUUGUCUAUGAAAUCGUUGGCAUUGCUUUACUAGAGCGGGUGUUUUGGUGACAAACAUUAACUCCAGUUCUAAGAAUGGACGUAGUAUGUCCUGUUCUCUC